ACAAUACCAUGAUACAAAGUGUCAAUAUUUAUCAUAUGGCGCAUGUUGGGUCAAAAAUAUAAUAAAUCACAUUUACGUCUGAACGCUUAAGCAGCGAAUAAUAUUCUACUUGAGCAAUGCCUGACAUAAAGUUACUCAAAUUUCCAUCAAGUGAAGGGUCUUUCCUACAAGACCAGGCAGAGGUUCAGAAAAGUUCCUCCAGCAGGCGUCGCAGCUGUGCUCUGGUUAACACGCCAACACCAUGUGUUAACAAGGCAGUGUGUCACAUACAAGAGCUAAAGACCAAACUGGAAAACUGGGGCCAACAGGGUGAUAAUGCUCAGCAUGAAACUGCAAAUGAAAACAACCAGAAUAUCAUUUGGAAAUGUGUUUCUAUCGAUGGCAAAACUGCAGUAGAAAAGACAGAACUGUGUAUUGAAGGCAUGGGGUUUUGUAUUCAAGAGAGAGAGGUGUUGACUUCACUCUGGACGGAGACCACAGAUGUCCUGAUGGAGGUGAGGAGUCUGAUGGAGCGUCUUGAGUUGGACCGGAGAGAAGCAGAGAAGGCUCUGGAGGAAGAAAAGGAGAGAGCCAAGAAACUUUUGGAGAAACAGAACAGUCUCUUUCUCUGGAAACAGAAGGAGUUGCCCAUUGCAAUGCGGAAAGAGCUUGAAGCCUGCAGCACAGACAUCGCUGAGCUGACGUUGCAUGUGAAAAUGAGGAGAGAUCAGCUGCCGCUGGUGAGAGACCAGCUGACCCACACGGAGGUGCUGAACCGCCGUCUGAAGGAGGAUAUUGAUUUUAUGAGGAAACACGGGCCGCUCGUGUACGAGAGGCUCCAGCUGGAGAGUGAAAUCAUGAAGCAAAUCCAAACAGCACAAAAUGAGGCCAGUGAGACUUUUACAAGCAUCUCCCAUAAGCUAAAGCUUCUUCAACAGGAGUUUAAUGAAGAAGAAUUCAGAGCUGACUUUGAGAGAGAGCAAAUUAACAAAGAAUUUGAAAAGAUCAGCAAUCAGCUGAGGGACAAACAGAGUGCGUUACAGCAGCUGCAGUCACAGUGUGAGCUUUUUCACAGUAGAACUAAAGAGUAUGAAACAGAAUUGGCAUUGAAAGAUGGCCAAAUCAAAGCCUUGCUGCAAGAAAUCUGCCAGUUUGAGAGGCAGGAAACAGACACAAAUGAUGCUGUUGUGAUAUUAAAAGCAAAACUAGGAGAUAAGGAAGAGAUAUUCAUGAAAAAGAAGAAGGAAGUAAUACAAAUUCAAAACCAAAUGCAAACAGCUAAACGUGAAGAUGAUGAAAAGGUCUCUGAAUUGGAUGCAAUCUUGAGCCAAAUGCGACGUGACUUGUCAGCCCUGCGAGAUGAAAAUGAAGAUAACAAAUUUGAAAUUGAAGAUUACAAAAACAAGAUCUACCAAAGUGAACAGGCUGUGAGACAGCUAAAACAGGACCAUGAGCGCUUGCUGCUGAAGAUCAGACUGAAUGAGGAACAGGGGAAACCGACCAAAGCCGAGCUGGAUCGGGUGUCUGCCGAUCACACCCGCACCAAAGACGAACUAGACGUCCUGGAGCAGCAGACCUUCCUGAAGGAGCUGAGGAACAGGAAACAGACAGAAUCGUUGAAGAUACAGAUAAUGGCUGAAAUGCAGGCAUUAGAUAUUGUCAAGGGUAAUGUGACAGCAGUUACAGCAGAGUAUAAUCGUGAACAAACACACUGUGAGAGGGUGAAAGGUGAACUACAGAAAAAGUAUGAAGAUGCUUUCUCUAAAAUCGCUCAGCUGGAGACAGAGGUGGAACAACUGAGACAGAUAUACACAGAGAAAUCUGAGACAAUUGAAAACUUGAAAGCAAAACUAAGUGAUAUGCAGUACGCACACAGAAGCCUGACUGAUCAUUUUGAGCAGAAGAAGAAAUCCCAGCAAGAAUAUUUGAAUUCUGUGAAGGAAACCCUUCAUGUGGUGUUAUUGAGGUAUGAGGAGAUUUCAAACAGGAUCAAGGAGCUCAGCCUGAAGUCUAAAGAGUUAAAACAAGUGUCAGACACAAUGGAGCAAACCAUCAGAACUAUGCCAGACAUCAUAGAGGAGCUACAGAGUAUGUCAGAUGCUGUGGCUUUCAAACUUGGCACAGCCACAGUAGUGAUGGGUCACUUGCACAGGGACAUAACUUCCUGUGAACAGAGGAAGUCUCGAUGCACACAGAUUCAAUCAGCACUUCUCACUCAGCGCCAGACUGUCAUGACAGACACAGAGGUUAAUCUACAGAAAGCGCUAAACGAGAAUCAGGAGUUAGCACAAGAGUACAUAGAGCUGCAAAAAGAGCUAAUGAUUGCCAGACAAGAGGCCAUUUGUGUUUUUGACAAAAGAAACAGAACAGAAGCCUAUUUCCAAGAUCACAAGCAGCUUUCUUUGUUGCAGAAGAGGAUGCACAAAGCCAUGCUAAAAUACUUCAAACACCGCAGCGUCUACAGCCAGGCAGAGCUGGCCCACUUCCAGGCCCUCUCCAACCAGAACAUCCAGAAAAUGAAAGCCCUCCAGGAGGAGUUGUCAAAUGCAAUCCACCGCCUCUCCGAGUUCCUGCUAGCACUGACAGAUGACUCAACAAUUGGCCAUGUCCCGCAGCAACCAAACAGACCUGUCGCAGAUGCCGUUGGAUCGUGCAGGAAGAUGCCUACAGUUCAGAUAGUGGAGUAAUUGGACACUCACUUGGGCCAGACAACUUACUUAAACCUCCAGUAUGCUUCACUCUCCCUUGUCCCCUGCUCACAGCCCAAUUCAUAACAAUGAAACAGGUGACUUUCAUGCCGCUGUCAGAAGUGAUCUAAUUUUAGCGGGGUGAAUGAUUGCAAUUGGCUUUGCCUCAUCAGAUAAUUAAUCUAUGUCACCAUUAAUUGGAAAAGAGAAUAAUUAGGGGGCUGUGUUGACAGAAUUCUACGCUUCUCUAGAUUCUUGGAUCUAAUUACACCUACUUAAACCCCUCUGACCUUAUAUAGCAGAUAGUAUACCUGUGUAACCCUAACCAGACUAGGAGUUUGGUCUCGACUUCUUUUCGCUCUAUGUCCUUUUCUCCUUUUUUCCCGUUGUUUAU